UGGCCGGUAUGGACCUUCGAGACCUCUACAUGGAUAUGGGGGACCAGGAGAUGCUCAAGGAGUUCAUGGCAGGUGCAACUGACAUUGAUCCCAUUGACGCUGUGCCUGCAGAACAGUACGAGGUUCUGGUCAAGAGAUUGCAAAAGGACGAAGAACUCAUACGACAGCUGAAGCAUAUCGUCAAGGCACAACACGGCAAGAUCGAGGAGUUCAGGGAGAUGUUGGAGGCUACGAGCGUGGCUAAGAGUCCCUUAAUCGCAGCUUAUGAAGCGGAGGACUUCAAGAAGGCACUGGAAAAGAAUCAAGAGCUGCAGCUCAAAGUUAGCCACCUCCAGGCUGAACUUGGAAAGGUGAAGGCAGAGAACAGUUCGUUACGGAAGGUGAAUCGAAGGAUGAAGGGGCUCUUGUACAAUGAUCCUGCGUGUCCACGAAGUCCACUCCAAGUUCCCGCAUUGCAUGAAAUGCCAGCUCUUGCCUCGACAGCUCCCGAAGCGUUUGGAUUCAGCUUUCCAAGAAGCCCUGGGGGUGUGCAAUCUGGAAGGAACGAGAUGCUGGGAAGGAUGCCUCUAACUCCAUUGACCUGCAGAGGGCGGUUCAACUCAGACAGAGGAUUUGACGACAGAGACCGCUCAUCUUCUCGAAGUCCACCUAGAAGGCAAGAUGAAGAGGCCGCAAGAAGACAUCCGCCCUUCUCUCGCGUGUCGACCAUUAUCAACUCCAUGAAUUUGCUUUGGCGCGACUUAGAAUCAGCUCUGAGUUGUCUAAGGGCCAUGGCUGAUGUCUCUGCUCGCUUGUUGGCAGACCGAAAGACAUCGAACAUCACUAUAUUCAUUGUCGAUCCGUGGCUGCGAAAAGCCGUUACUGUUGGGCACUCCAAGACAGAGCAGCUCACCAUUUUUUACCUGGGACAAGGAAAGACCGAGUUGCAGGCCCUCGUUCGUUUAGAAGAGAGCAAGGUUUGUCCGCCUGCAUUCACAGAUUUGCAGGCUCUGCCUUUUCGAUCCAAAACUUGUGCAGCUUUGCCUGUUCUCACCCCGAACCGCUCCAGAGUUUGGGCGGUUUUACAAGUCAUGCUCGAGGACACAAAGAUGGCUGAAUCUGAGGCCAACUUUGUUCCACGAAUUCUGCAAGACGCAGGUGUUUCACAGGAGAUCAAUCUUCCAAGCCAAUGCUUCACUGAUUUACAAGUAAACUAUUUGCAACUUUUGUGCAGCUUCAUGGGUGGGGUGUUAUUACACAUCGAACGCCUAGACAACAGAGCAAAAAUCGUGGACCGCACCAAAUCCAUCAUGGAAGGUGCCAUUGAUGUCAACAAGGCAAAGACCCUUGCAGAUUUCGAGCAACGUGUGAAGCAUUUGUUUUCUAGUUUUUUCAGCGUCAGCACAAUCCGGGUGCUAUUUUUCGACCCCGACAACAGGAGCCUUUUGAUCUCAUCUUCGCAAAUGCGCAAGAAGGGCACAACCUCAAUCAACAUGACAAAGGGAAUCUUGGGCCAGUGCGCUCACAAGCAGCAGGUGAUCAACAUACCGGACAUCCACCAGAAUCCAUUCGUAGAUCCGAUCGCUGAUGGCCUCCAACGCAACGGACGACCCGUUGGCAAGCAUGCCGCCAUGUUGGUUGGGCCCAUGCUGGUUGAAUCAUCUGAGAGAUCUGGUCAAGAGUUGCUUGGUGUUGUCCAAUUACUGGAGAAGAAACGCCGAGCAGCUGACGGUUCAACACAGCCGAGUGAGUUUCUUCCUGAUGAGCAGCACCUUUUUAACCAGCUGUUGACUGUUUGUUCACAUGCUGGUUCUCGCACAAUCAAAGUGCAGCAGCUUUCAGCUCAGCUUGCGGGCACUCCGUGCAACGUUCAGGCUUUACUUUUCGGAUAAAAA